UUUAUUUGGCCAAUCUUUAUCGCAUUUGGUUGGACGAACAUAAACCGAUUCGAGGGCCCCAAUCGAUUGGAGCCGAAUGGUGGGCAGCCAGGGGAUAGUGUGGAGCCAUUGACUAACGCGCUAGUUAGUCGCUCGCGAUACGUGCGAUUGCAAAGAUGUUCGUGUCGGGCUAUUGGCUGCAGGUGGUGCUCUUCUGGGCGUUGGUGGCCUUGGCCACGGCCAACGUGGUGGUGGAGAAGGACCUAAAGGAUGUGCAGGACAAGAUUGACAUUUUCCGGACGAAGCGUGAAGAUACGAUUGAUUACCGCCUGCCCACGGCUCUGGUGCCCACGCACUACGAACUCUACUGGCAUCCGGAUCUGGAGACGGGCCACUUCACGGGCCAGCUGAAGAUCAGAAUCAAGGUGGUGGAGGCCACCAACCAGAUCAUCUUGCACUCCUAUCUCUUGGACAUCACAAAUGUUUAUGUGCUGAACCGCGAGGUGGAGAAGUUCGAACUGGAGGAUGAGCGCCAGUUGCUGAUCAUCACGCUGACGGAGGAACUGCCAGUGGAUGCUUCUAUUACACUGGGCAUCCUUUUCAACGGACAGAUGAAGGACAAGCUGGUGGGUCUGUACAGCAGUACGUACCAAAGUGAGGCGGGUGCUACAAGAACCAUUUCCACUACGAAAUUCGAGCCCACCUAUGCCCGCCAGGCAUUCCCUUGCUUCGAUGAGCCAGCACUGAAGGCCACCUUUGCCAUCACAGUGGUGCAUCCCAGCGGUGCCUACCAUGCCGUUUCCAACAUGCAGCAAACUGAAUCCAUCUACUUGGGCGACUACACGGAGGCCAUCUUCGAGACGAGCGUGUCGAUGAGCACCUACUUGGUGUGCAUCAUUGUGUCCGACUUCGCCUCCAAGUCCACCACAGUUAAGGCCAAUGGCAUUGGCGAGGACUUCUCCAUGCAGGCCUAUGCCACCUCCCACCAGGUGGACAAAAUCGACUUUGCCCUCGAGUUCGGAAAAGCUGUCACCGAGUACUACAUCCAGUACUACAAGGUGCCCUAUCCGCUAACCAAACUGGACAUGGCCGCCAUCCCCGACUUCGCCUCGAAUGCAAUGGAGCACUGGGGACUGGUCACCUACAGGGAGACGGCGCUGCUGUACGACGAUAGCUAUAGUUCCACGGCGAACAAACAGUCGAUUGCCGGCACCCUGGCCCACGAGAUUGUGCACCAGUGGUUCGGAAACCUGGUCACCAUGAAGUGGUGGAACGACAUCUGGCUGAACGAGGGAUUCGCCCGCUUCAUGCAGUACAAGGGAGUCAACGCCGUCCACUCGGACUGGGGAAUGCUGGAGCAGUUCCAAAUCCUGGCCCUGCAGCCCGUUCUGGUGUACGAUGCCAAGCUCUCCUCCCACCCGAUUGUGCAGAAGGUAGAGACUCCCGACGAGAUCACCGCCAUCUUCGACACAAUUAGCUACGAAAAGGGCGGAUCCGUGAUCCGCAUGCUGGAGACCCUCGUGGGGGCCGACAAAUUCGAGGAGGCGGUGACCAACUACCUGGUGAAGUACCAGUUCAGCAACACGGAGACCGACGACUUCCUCAGCGAGGUGGACGCCCUGGUGGCCGACCUGGACGUCAAGAAGCUGAUGCUCACCUGGACCGAACAGAUGGGAUAUCCGGUGCUGAAUGUUUCCAAGGUGGCCGCCGGUUUCCUGGUCACCCAGCAGCGAUUCCUCUCCAAUCCGGCCAGUUACGAGGAGGCUCCGGCAGACAGUGCCUACGGCUACAGGUGGAGUGUUCCGAUCACCUAUGUGGGACAGGACGGCUCGGAGGGCAGCGUGAUAUACGACCACAAUGUUGAUCAAGUGGGCAUUGCCUACAACGAAGAUGUGCAGUGGAUCAAACUGAAUGUCCGCCAGACGGGCUACUACCGUGUCAACUACGAUGAGAGCCUGUGGACGCUGCUCAUCCAGGAGCUGACCAGCAAUCCCAACAGCUUCGACAUCGCGGAUCGCGCCCACCUCCUGAACGAUGCCUUCGCUCUGGCCGAUGCCAGCCAUCUCUCCUACAGAGUUCCCCUCGAGAUGACCGCCUACUUGGCCCAGGAGCGCGACUUCGUGCCCUGGUAUGUGGCCGCCAACAAGCUGAUCUCGCUCCAUCGCAGCCUCAUGUUCAGCGAGGGCUACGUGUCCUUCGUCACCUACGCCAGGAGCCUGCUAACCGGAGUCUACGAGGAGGUGGGCUGGACUGUGGACGCCAACAACCAUCUGAAAAACCGCCUGAGGGUAUCCAUUUUGUCGGCAGCCUGUGCUUUGGGUGUGCCUGAUUGCUUGGAGCAGGCUGCCCGGCGCUUCAACGCCUUCCUCCAGAACCCGACCAGCCGACCAUCGCCCGAUCUGCGCGAGAUCGUCUACUACUACGGCAUGCAGCAGUCCACCAGCCAGGCGAACUGGGAGCAGCUGUUCCAGAUCUUCGCGGCCGAAACGGAUGCCAGCGAGAAGUUGAAGCUGAUGUACGGACUGUCGGGCGUGCAGGACAGCCAGCUGCUCUUCAACUUCCUGGCGCUGGCGGGUGACGAGAGCAUAGUCCGCUCGCAGGACUACUCCACCUGUGUGCAGUACAUCGCCGCCAAUCCCGUGGGAGAACCCGUCACCUGGGAGUUCUACCGCGAGCACUGGCCCCAGCUCUCCGCCCGCUUUGGCCUGAACAACCGCAACUUUGGCCGACUCAUCGCCCAGAUCACAGCCAACUUCAGGAGCGCCGUGAAGCUGGAGGAGGUGCAGCAGUUCUACAUUAAGUACCCGGAGUCCGGAGCCGGAGCCAACUCCCGUUUGGAGGCCGUGGAGACCAUCAAGUACAACAUCGAGUGGCUGGCCAGAAAUCGGGCUGACAUCAGCGACUGGCUGAGUGGAACCGCCUCGCCGCUGACCAAGAAAAACCCAUUGUAAAACAUACUAUAUGGACCGCGUAUAAAAACCGGGCAAUUAGCCACUAAUUAGAAUUGCAUAAGAAACCAGCGAAAUUUCCGUUCGAGUUCAAUAAAAUAAAAUUCCAAAAUCAAACCGUAAA